AUGAGUCAUUCCAACGAAGACGCUCCCUCAGCCGGCGCCACACAGCAGAAGAGGAACAUCCAGAUUAUCGAGUGGGAGGACUUGGACAAAAAGAAGUUCUAUUCUUUUGGGGUGUUCAUCACCUUGAGCAUCAGGGCCACGGUUUACCCGGCCACCCUCAUCCGGACUCGGCUGCAGGUGCAGCGGGGAAAGUCCCUUUACGGCGGCACCUUCGACGCCUUUGUCAAGAUCCUGCGGGCGGAAGGCGUCCGUGGCCUCUACCGCGGCUUCAUGGUCAACACUUUCACCCUCAUCUCAGGUCAGGCAUACAUCACCACCUACGAGCUGGUGAGGAAGUACGUCUCCAAGUACUGUGAUGACAACACGGUCAAGUCGGUGGUGGCGGGCGGCUUGGCUUCCAUGGUGGCUCAAAGCAUCACUGUCCCCAUAGACGUAGUGUCACAGCAACUCAUGAUGCAGGGCCAAGGGGAGCACCUCAGCCGCUUUCGCCCGUACGUCCACACGGACGCCACCGGCAAGCCAAAACGGGUGUUCGGCCAAACCAGGAGCAUUGUGGCCCAAAUAUUUGCUGCCGAUGGUUUGCCAGGUUUCUACAGGGGAGCCCUUGCUUCUUUACUCACGUACAUCCCAAACAGUGCUGUGUGGUGGCCUUUUUAUCAUUUUUACGCAGAGCAGCUUUCAAAACUGGCCCCCUCUGACUGCCCUCACCUGGUUUUACAAGCCAUGGCCGGACCGCUGGCUGCAGCCACCGCCUCCACCGUCACCAACCCCAUGGAUGUCAUCAGAGCCAGAGUGCAGGUUGAAGGGCGCAGUUCAAUCACCGAGACCUUCAGGCAGCUGAUCAAGGAGGAGGGCUUUUGGGGAAUGACCAAAGGACUGUCGGCCCGCAUCAUUUCAUCCACCCCCACUGCCAUCGUCAUGGUGGUCGGCUACGAGAGCCUCAAAAAACUAAGCUUGCGGCCGGAGCUAGUGGACUCCAGACAUUGGUAG